AUGGUGAAGAACCUUAAAGUUGAUCCUCAUGCUAAGGUCACUACUUCCACAACUUCCAUGAAGAGCCAAUCAGAGCCAUAUUAUGAAACUCUUGAGACAUAUCAAGGCCUGCCUUGUCCUUAUGGUGGCUACUAUGGAUUUUACUAUCCAGGUCUUGAUGGUUCAGUUGGAGAAGCAAAGGAUAAUGGAUACUAUGGUUAUGGAACAGACGUUCAGUACCCGGUUAUGCAAGGGGAAAAUGGAUCUUUGAUCUACAUGAUGCCAGGGUUUCAGUCUUAUGAUGCUAGUCAGGCUUACAUGCCUAUAAGCCCGGUUGGUGUAUCGAGCCAGGCACUUCAUUCGCCGAUGUAUGCACCUCAGGGAUAUUAUCAGAACCAGUUUGGUUAUGGAGAUGUUUCAUCGCCGUCGUAUUUAUGGGAUCCUGUUGGAGACAAGUAUGUGUAUGGUGUUGCUUCACAUACACAACACUUGAAACAGAACAUGUCUUCUUCAAGCCAUAACCAUAACAAUUAUUAUCCAAAGAGCAAGAACUCCUUCACUGGUCACGGCAUGGGAGAUCGUUCUAAAACACCGCGAAAAAACAGCUAUGCUCCACUGCCAAUGCAUAAUCAAGACAGAGGUGGACUUGCAUACCCUAUUGAUCCGGUAAAGAAAAAGUCUGGAGCUUUGAAUGCGGAUGAAUCAGAGAAGGCGAAAGCGAGGAACAAAGAAAAUGGUAAUAGCAAGAGUGACUUAGCAAAUGGUCAAGAUCAUAUUUCCAAUGGAGAAUGUGAGUCCUGUUCGUUGGAUGUUGAAGGAAAUGAAAGAAGCAACGGUGUAGGUUCUGGUGUAGGUUCUGUUAUUAGAAGGGAUCAAUAUAACCUGUCUGACUUUCAGACUAAAUACGAGGAAGCAAUCUUCUUUGUGAUAAAAUCUUAUAGCGAAGAUGACAUUCACAAGAGCAUCAAGUACAAUGUCUGGUCUAGUACUCUCAAUGGGAACAAGAAGUUAGACAGUGCAUAUCAAGAAUCUCAGAAGAAGAUUGCAGAGAAAGGUGGAAAGUGCCCGGUUUUCCUUUUCUUCUCGGUGAAUGCAAGUGGCCAAUUCUGUGGUGUAGCUGAGAUGAUUGGGAGAGUAGAUAAUGAGAAAAGUAUGGAGUUUUGGCAGCAAGAUAAGUGGACCGGCUAUUUUCCGGUCAAGUGGCAUAUGAUCAAAGAUGUUCCAAAUCCGCAAUUACGACAUAUAAUACUAGAGAACAAUGAGAACAAGCCUGUAACCAAUAGCAGAGACACACAGGAGGUGAGGUUGCCACAAGGGAAUGAAGUGUUGAACAUCUUCAAGAACUAUGCAGCAAAGACAUCUAUAUUAGAUGAUUUCGAUUUUUACGAGAACAGAGAGAAGGUUAUGGUACAGAAGAAGCUAAGGUUUCCUCCAGCAUUGAAGAAGAAAGAAGAUGAUUUGGUUGCUGAUUUCCAAAAGAUGGAGAUAUCAAAUACAGUCAAAGAGAGUGGAAACACAGACUUGACCGAGACUGUGAACUAA